AUGGUAAGCUGGCAAAGAAGUUAUCAUGUAUUGUCAUGCAUUGAUCUUUUGCAACAAUCUGAGUGACGCACAAGCUGUUAUCUUGACUUCACUCUUUCGUUCCGCCCUCCUUGUGGACUGUGUAUUCUUGUGAAGUGUGUUUUUGGAGCUAUUUACAAAUUAGAUUGAGCUUCACGAUUGAUUUUGCUUAUGCUAUUCGUUGAAAAUCUGCAGAAAACCGACCGUGAAGGACAAAAAACAGGUUAGACUUUCCAAUGAUGAUAAAUAUGAUGUAUAUAUCCGCUUGAACGAUGGAAAUUCGUGUCAUCCUCAAAUGGGUCAAAAUGUGUUUGUGUAUACAAAGCGAUUUGUCAAAAAGGAAAAAUUUACCUUAUAUAAUUUAGUGAAAAUGCUUUUAAAAUAUAUUUGUGAUGGAAAAAGGUAAAUUUUUUAACUUUUCGAGCAGUCUUCAUGGCUUAUGUUGAUGCAAAAACGAGAAAAAAUCGCGCGGAAUUGAAACCAUUUUACGUUGCUAAUGGAACAACAAGCGCAGAGAUUAUUGCAGAAGCUAGAACCUCUGUCCGAUGUGUUGAUACAAAAAGACCUUUUACACCUGUUGAAUCACAAAGAACAUUGUUUGGCUUUUCGCGACGACAGGAGAAUGUUAGUCGACCGUCUUCUGCUUUCAGCAUUGGCCCCAGUCAUUUCACAGAAACGGACUUGCCUUCCGCUCAUCGUCUUCAGCCACUAGAUGUCGCAUCAGAUGUUCAAAGUGAUGUUUUAGAUGAUGAUACUCCAAUUGUCAUUGAGGCUGAUCGAAAAGUAAGGGAAAGCUUGAAAGCUUCGAAAAACGUCGAACGUUUGCCGUCCCCAGUCAUCCCUAAUCCUAGAGAUGGAUGUGUACUUCCAUCUCCACCUAACGUCUUACCCGCACAACUCAGCAUGUCGAGACGGAGCUCUACAGGAAACAUUUUGAAACAAAAACUUGUCGUGAAUGAGGGACGUCGUGUACAAAGUGGCCCAUCAAAACGAGCUUCACCAAAGGAAGAGACCAAAACGGAUUAUCGAGCUAGCAGUAGUCCUUGUGCUCGUCGACAAAGUAGCAAAUCAAAUGACUCGAUUAGAAACGAUGUGAUUGCUGCCGAAAGGAAAAAAUUGUCACGUCUGUACAAAGAACACGUUAGACCCAUCCUAAAGAAGAUGGAGAUGUGUUUUCGAGAGAAUGAUGGCACUUUGCUGUGUGAACUUUGCAAUAACCUUCUUGAAGCGUUGAAGAAAGUCAGAAUACUGCCUGAUACAAAGAACGUGGAUGUAUCUCCGUACAAAUCGCAAAUUUUGAAAUAUUUAUUCAGUUUCCUUGGCGUUAAAGAUUCACGGUUGCAUUUAAGGUUGGCGAAAAUUGUCUUACAGUUCGACUUGUCUGAAAACAACGUAGAAAAUAUUUUCAAGUUGCUGUUUAAAGUUAGCCGCGACGAAAGCAACGACAUUUUGUUUCUUGAAGAAGAAAUGACAGAAAUCUUAGUGUCAAAAAUAUCGUCAUUUGAUGGCGGAGUGAAGUAUGAACCGUGCCUCUACUGCGUGGGUGCUUUAAAACUAAUCUCGGGGAACGUCGUUGUUCGUAAACAUCUUGUAAACACAAGUUGUCUGGAGGCGUUGGCUGUUGUUCUUGGUAGCAUUAUCAAACAGGGUAACGCAAAUGAUGCGAGUUUGAGAAAGAAGAACACCAACAUGUUGUUUCCGGUGACUGCCGUGUUGAGAAAUCUAGCUGACGUCGAUGGAAGUCGGAAGAUAUUCUUAAAGCGAAACAUUUUACGUGAUGUUAUUAACUUGUUGAACAUCUUCCAAGAUGACAGAGACGUAGUCAUGAAUAUUUCGCGUAUACUCAGUAAGAUGACGUUGUAUAGCGAAUGCUGUUCCGUGGUCAGCUCAGCCGCAGAGUCUUUUGAAACAUUCCUGUGUAUUUUGAAUAAUCAUUCAAAGUCCCAGGAAAUAGUCGUGAGAGUUUUAUUUGUACUCGGUAAUUUGACCACGAAAAGUGACGAUGCUCGUUUCGACUUGUUUCACGUAGAGGGCUCAACAAAAUGUCUCCUUACUGUUUUUCGAUUAUAUUUUGAGCGAGAUGUCAAGGCCAGCAAAAUACGAACUGAAGACAAAACAUCAGAGCAAGCAAGCGCCGAAGAUGUCUUAAACAAGAUGGUUCGCGUUGUUGCCAAUCUUUCUAUUCAUUCUGAUGUUGGUCCUGAAAUUUCCAGAAAUGUCGAAUUUAUAGAAUUGCUGCUUCAAGUCUUGGAAGUCAAAGAUUUAAGCAUCAACGAGGAACUGGUUCUCAAUACAGUUGCCACAAUUAAUAAUCUAUCGUACUAUGCCGAAGAAGGCACUGCAUUGGCGAAUAAACGAAAGAAAAUCACGCAACUGAUGAUGGAGCUAUUGGUUGUAGAUAAUAUGGACGCGAUUCUUGAGGCGUCGCGUGUUUUUGGUAAUUUUUCUCGUUUUAAAGACGUUCGUGAUGUUUUGUCCAGCCACAAAGUUGAUGAAAUGUUGAUUUCUUUACUGGACUCGGGAAGUCAUGAAAUUGUUUUCACUGCUUGUGGUGUGCUUAUCAAUAUGAUGGUUGACCCUGAAAAACGUUCCUUGCUCAAAGAUGAAGGUGGAAUAAAGAAGUUGACAGAUGUUCUUCGAGAUUAUGGUAAAAUAGACUGGCAACUUGCUGCAAUGGUUUGUCAGACAUUGUGGAAUUAUUGUGAGAAUGUUGCUGAUGUGUAUGACGCGCUCGGUCACGAGGAGACGAUGAUUUUGGGCGAUCUGUUGCGAGAAUAUCUUGACGAGGAUUUGGCUUUCGAAUAUCUACAUUCAAGAAAGAUAGACGAAUCUAUGAAAGACAUUCUUCGAAAGACGUGGACUGAGAAUUUUCGGUUUGUCGGUGAACAAUGGCUGCAAAGAAUAGAAUCGAAGCAAACGGACUUGAUACCUUUAGAGGAGCCAACUUGACCCGUGGCAGUACUUGUGAGAGUUAUAUACGUCAGUUAUAUACACGUCAGUUAUAUACACGUCAGUUAUAUACACGUCAGUUAUAACGUCAGUAAGGAAAAUGGAAACACGCCCUAUGAAAAAACAUAUACGGUGAACUGCACGUGAAACCUUUAUUUGAAUAAAGGGUCUUCAGUGUUACAUUUUAAUAUAUAACUACUUCUAAAGUAAUUUAUUUCUCUGUAAUAUUGUGUGUGUGUGUGAAAACUGUAAAUUAUGAUAUCAUUUUUAAAGAA